AGACACGUCCUCCACUUGAGACACAUGUUGAAGUUGCCAUGGAAGAAAUGUUAGCCCCGGACAGGAAUAUCCGCGGCUGGCCCACCUGUACACACUAAGCUCCUGGCCCAGCCAUGUUCGGCACAGAGUCCUCAUUAAGCAUGUUUCUCAACACCCUGACGCCCAAGUUCUACGUGGCUCUCACAGGCACUUCGUCCCUCAUAUCAGGACUUAUAUUGAUCUUCGAGUGGUGGUAUUUCAGGAAGUACGGGACCUCGUUUAUCGAGCAGGUGUCUGUGAGCCACCUGCGCCCCCUGCUGGGCGGAGUGGACAGCAGCUCUCCCACCAACUCCAGCACCAGUAACGGGGAGGCCGAGUCCAGUCGGCAAAGCGUGUCAGAAUGUAAAGUUUGGAGAAAUCCGCUGAAUUUAUUUCGUGGAGCCGAAUAUAACCGGUAUACAUGGGUAACAGGCAGAGAGCCUUUGACAUAUUACGACAUGAACUUGUCAGCUCAAGACCAUCAAACCUUCUUUACCUGCGACUCAGACCACCUGAGGCCGGCUGAUGCCAUCAUGCAGAAAGCGUGGAGGGAAAGGAACCCUCAGGCUCGUAUUUCUGCAGCACAUGAAGCUCUGGAGCUUGAAGACUGUGCGACAGCGUACAUCCUUCUAGCAGAGGAGGAGGCCACCACCAUCAUGGAGGCUGAGCGGUUGUUUAAACAAGCCCUAAAAGCUGGCGAGGGCUGCUACCGCCGCAGCCAACAGUUGCAGCAUCACGGUACUCAGUAUGAAGCCCAGCACAGAAGAGACACUAAUGUGUUGGUGUAUAUAAAAAGGAGGCUGGCCAUGUGCUCCAGAAAGCUCGGCCGAACUCGAGAAGCAGUCAAAAUGAUGAGAGAUUUAAUGAAGGAGUUCCCUCUCCUCAGUAUGUUCAACAUCCAUGAAAACCUGCUCGAGUCGCUACUAGAGCUCCAGAACUACGCCGACGUCCAGGCUGUUCUGGCCAAGUACGACGAUAUUAGCUUGCCCAAAUCUGCAACAAUAUGCUACACUGCAGCUUUGCUCAAAGCCAGGGCGGUAUCGGACAAGUUCUCUCCAGAGGCAGCGUCCAGGCGGGGCCUGAGCACGGCGGAGAUGAAUGCAGUAGAAGCCAUUCACAGAGCGGUGGAGUUCAACCCUCAUGUCCCUAAAUACCUGCUAGAGAUGAAGAGUCUGAUUCUUCCUCCAGAACACAUUCUGAAGAGAGGUGACAGCGAAGCCAUCGCCUACGCCUUCUUUCACCUGCAGCACUGGAAGAGGGUGGAGGGAGCACUCAACCUGCUGCACUGCACCUGGGAGGGCACGUUCAGAAUGAUCCCGUAUCCUCUGGAGAAGGGACACCUGUUUUACCCCUACCCCAUCUGCACAGAGACGGCCGACAGAGAGCUGCUACCCACAGUGUUUCACGAGGUGUCGGUCUACCCCAAGAAGGAGCUGCCCUUCUUCAUCCUCUUCACCGCCGGCCUCUGCUCCUUCACCGCCAUGCUGGCCCUGCUCACACACCAGUUCCCUGAACUCAUGGGAGUGUUCGCUAAAGCUUUCCUCAGCACUCUCUUCGCUCCUCUGAACUUCAUCAUGGAGAAGGUGGAGAGCAUCCUGCCGUCCAGCCUCUGGCACCAACUAACACGCAUCUGACCCAGAACGACCUCACAGGAACCAGGACCAACACCACAGACAGAUCUUCUUGAGGACAGUCACGGCCAAACUGAAACCAGAACCCUGCAUUGGACAAAAGACACGUUUUUGCCCAGAUUUACAGAGUUCACAUGACGGGAUGCAGCAGAACAGAGAACUGCUUUCCCCUGUGACGUUUGCAGUUUGGGGGGGGUUCAGUCGUCUAAAGCUGUUUUUGAUCAGUUGCCAUCGUUAAAAAAUGAAAAUAAAAAAAAUCAAUAAAAGGA